AUCAUGACUUCAUCUUCGCUUUGAACAAGAACCACCUCAUUUGAGCAUUCAAGUAUGCCUGGACGCACAAGGCCAGUCGACAGACUGGCAUCCGCGUCUGUCAAAUGUGCCAAAGAGGGCGCUGCGUACGGCAAAUGUAUUACCGCAGACUACAAGAACAUACACAAGGAUAAAUGUCUCACGGAAUUUUUGAAAUUGAAGCAAUGCUACACGGCUGCAUUAAAAAGAUGAACUAUUGCCUAGGUUUCGGGGCAAAUGGUCUACAUGGCAUGGCGUUGAUCUUUCAAUCUAGGUGUC